AGGUGCUUCUCGCGGCGGUCGCGGGACCCGCCGUGCCGAGCUGGGAGGGCCGCGGGGGCCCUGAGAUGCCGAGCGGUGCCCGAGCCAGCGUACCUGUACCGCUUGCUCCGAGCCGCGGGGUCCGCCUGCCGGGCCUGCGGGAAAGGUCCUAGCGACACUUGGCCCGCGGGGACCGAGGUGCGCCCGGGAGGCGCGAGCGCGCAUCCGGAUAGCAGCCAGGCAGCGGGCGCGGUGCGGGCUGCUUUGCAUUAUGUGCCGCUCGACCCUGGCUUUUUUUACUGCCGCAUUUGUCUGCCUGCAAAACUGCCGGCCAGGUCCUGCCCCAUUCCUUCGGGCGGCCUGGGUGUUUUCAGUUGUUCUUGGACUGGGCCAAAGUGAAGACAAUAGAUGUGCAUCUUCAAAUGCAGCCUCCUGCACCAAGUGCCUUGCGCUGGGUCCGGAAUGUGGAUGGUGUGCACAAGAGGAUUUCAUUUCAGGUGGAUCAAGGAGUGUACGUUGUGAUAUUGUUUCCAAUUUAAUAAGCAAAGGCUGUUUGAUUGAUUCGAUAGAAUACCCAUCUGUACAUGUAAUACCAAGUGAAACUGAAAUUAAUACCCAGGUGACACCAGGAGAAGUGUCGAUCCAGCUGCGUCCAGGAGCUAAAGCUAAUUUUAUGCUGAAAAUUCAUCCUCUGAAGCAAUAUCCUGUGGAUCUUUAUUAUCUAGUUGACGUCUCAGCAUCAAUGCACAAUAAUAUUGAAAAAUUAAAUUCCGUUGGAAAUGAUUUAUCUAGAAAAAUGGCAUUUUUCUCCCGUGACUUCCGCCUUGGAUUUGGCUCAUAUGUUGAUAAAACAGUUUCACCAUACAUUAGCAUCCACCCAGAAAGGAUUCAUAAUCAAUGCAGUGACUACAAUUUAGACUGUAUGCCUCCCCAUGGAUACAUCCAUGUGCUGUCUUUGACGGAGAACAUCACUGAGUUUGAAAAAGCAGUACACAGACAGAAGAUCUCUGGAAAUAUAGAUACGCCUGAAGGAGGUUUUGAUGCCAUGCUUCAGGCAGCUGUCUGUGAGAGUCAUAUUGGAUGGCGAAAAGAAGCUAAAAGAUUGCUGCUGGUGAUGACAGAUCAGACAUCUCAUCUUGCUCUUGAUAGCAAAUUGGCAGGCAUCGUGGUGCCAAAUGACGGAAACUGCCAUCUGAAAAACAACGUCUAUGUCAGAUCAACAAGCAUGGAACAUCCCUCACUAGGCCAACUUUCAGAAAAGUUAAUAGACAACAACAUUAACGUCAUCUUUGCAGUUCAAGGAAAACAGUUUCAUUGGUAUAAGGACCUUCUACCCCUCUUGCCUGGCACAAUUGCUGGUGAAAUAGAAUCAAAGGCUGCAAACCUCAAUAAUUUGGUAGUAGAAGCCUAUCAGAAACUCAUUUCAGAAGUGAAAGUUCAGGUGGAAAACCAGGCAAAAGGCAUCUAUUUUAACAUUACUGCCAUCUGCCCAGAUGGGACCAGAAAGCCAGGCACAGACGGAUGUGGGAAUGUGACAAGCAAUGACGAGGUUCUUUUCAAUGUAACAGUUACAAUGAAAAAAUGUGAUGUCACAGAAGGAAAAAGCUAUGCAAUAAUCAAACCUAUUGGUUUCAAUGAAACCACUAAAAUUCAUAUACACAGAAACUGCAGCUGUCAGUGUGAUGACACCAGAGGAUCUAAAAGGAAGUGUGUAGAUGAAACUUUUCUAGAUGCCAAGUGUUUCCAGUGUGAUGAGAAUAAAUGUCACUUUGAUGAAGAUCAAUUUCCUUCUGAGAGUUGCAAGUCACACAAGGAUCAACCUGUUUGCAGCGGUCGAGGAGUCUGUAUUUGUGGGAAAUGUUUAUGUCACAAAAUUAAGCUUGGAAAAGUGUAUGGAAAAUACUGUGAAAAGGAUGACUUUUCUUGUCCAUACCACCAGGGAAAUCUGUGUGCGGGGCACGGAGAGUGUGAAGCGGGCAGAUGCCAGUGCUUCAGUGGCUGGGAAGGGGAUCGGUGCCAGUGCCCGUCAGCAUCAGCCCAGCACUGUGUCAACCCAAAGGGCCAAGUAUGUAGUGGAAGAGGCACAUGUGUAUGUGGCAAGUGUGAGUGCACCGAUCCCAAGAGCAUCGGCCGCUUCUGUGAACACUGCCCCACAUGUCACACAGCCUGCAAUGAAAACCGGAAUUGUGUGCAAUGCCUUCACCCUCACAAUCUGUCUCAAGCUAUACUUGAUCGGUGUAAAACCUCAUGUGCUCUCAUGGAACAGCAUUAUGUAGACCAAACAUCAGAAUGUUUCUCUAGCCCAAGCUACUUGAGAAUAUUUUUCAUCAUCUUCAUAGUUACAUUCUUGAUUGGGUUGCUUAAAGUCCUUAUCAUUAGACAGGUGAUACUACAAUGGAAUAGUAAUAAAAUUAAGUCCUCAGCAGAUUACAGAGUGUCAGCCUCAAAAAAGGACAAGUUGAUUCUGCAAAGUGUUUGCACAAGAGCAGUAACUUACCGACGUGAGAAACCUGAAGAAAUAAAAAUGGAUAUCAGCAAAUUAAAUGCUCAUGAAACGUUCAGGUGCAACUUUUAAAAGAUAAAAAGUACUUUAUAGGAAACUGAACUUUUAGUAUUGCUCCUAAAAAUUAUAAUUUUAGAAGUCACAGGAGGAGACAAAUUGUUCCAGAUCAUGCUGAUUGCUGGUUGUCCACUCAAAUGAAGACUGACAAGCAUCCUCAUCACCAUGUGACUCAUAUCGCUGCUGAAUUUUUCAGAGAAAAAUGUGUCUUACUACUGUUUGAGACUAGUGUCAUUGUAGCACUUUACUGUAAUAUAUAACUUAUUUAGAUCAGCAUAGAAUGUAGAUCAUCUGAAGAGCACUGAUUACACUUUACAGGUACCUGCUAUUCCUAUGCUUCCCAGAGAGAGACAAGGCUGUGAGAUAGUUUCGGCAUUGUGUCACUACAAGGGUAUAAUAAACCCUGCACUGAACAUUUGGAUGAAAAAAAUAAUAAUGCAGUUAUACUAAUGUUGCCAAACACUUAAACAAUUGGCAGUGAACAGACAAGAACAGCUAAACGAAUAUGGCUAGUGUUUCACUCAUUCAAGAGGUGAACAGAUAAAAUGUUAAUCUUGAGGGAUAUUGCUUUUGAAACUGUGUAGUUUGAUGCAUGUGUGUUUAUGUUUUCUUCUUUUUACAAGAUGGAUACUAAUUCCAACAUUCUCUCCUCUUUGCCUUUAUAUUUUGGUUUUCUUUCUUACAGGAUAAGUUUAUAUAUGUCAUAGAUGACUGGAUUAAAUAAGUGCUAAGUUACUACUGCCAUAAAAACCUGAUAAUACAAUGUCACUUUAUUAGAAUACUGGCUUUAAAAGCUGAAUAUUUAAUAAGGGACACUGUAAAGUAACAUCAAAAUCUGAACAGCUUCGUUGUUUGCAGAUGUAGAGUUUUAUAUCUUCUUAUCUGGUAAACUGGAUAGAUUCUUCACCACUUCAUUUAUCUAAUCAUCAGGUUGAAAUUCACAAGAUAUUUAGAAACUCUGCCUCAAACAAAGUGCCACAGUUUUUAAUGAUUUUUCUUAGAUAUUUACUCCAAGCUGAUAUUAGCAUUUCUUACAUUAAAAGCUAUAUUAUUUUUGCCCUUCAAUAAAGCCUAAGGACGUUCUUUCCCUGAA